UAUCAUAUUAUCUUAAAAAAUAUUAUACUUCAAUAAAUGAAAAUAAUUAUUCCAUCUGCAACAUGGCUUUCUAGUUAUUCAGAUUUCUCAGUUUGUUCAUGUGUCAAGAGUCAAUAAAUUGUUUGAAUUUGAUUAUUGAAAAAUGUCUGCACCAGAUACAAAAUCAGUCCUUAAUAGGCAUUUUCCAUUUGCUAAGAAAAAACCAAAUAUACCUUCUAAACUAUCAGAUAAAGUUGACACAAAAAUAAAUAAACAAAAAUUGAUUGAAGAAAAAAGUUUCCUUAUUGUUAAGAAUUCAGAGUCAAGUCGAUGUGAUAUUUUAACAGAAAAUAAUGAAAAAGCCAAACCUAUUCAAGAAAAAACAUGUGGUAAUGAAAUUUCUAAAAGUACUAUAUCGUCAACAUUUAAAACAAUUAAAUCACAAGAUAAUGAGCCGGAAAUUAUAUCUAAAAAAAAGGAGUCUAUUUCUCGGAAAUCAUCAAGUGUAUCAGAGGUUAGUAUUGAGGAAAUAAAAAAACCUAAAGAAAAUUAUCAACGUUGGAAUAUUCCUUUCUCAAGCAAAUUUAAAGGCAGAGAAUUUGAUAAAACAUUAUUGACUAUGCAAGAUCUUAUAUACUAUAAUCCAGUUACCAAUCCUAUAAUUAAAGAACCCAAAGUGGAGCACAAAGAAGAAGACGAUCCAGAUAAUGAUUUGUUGUCUUUAGAUCCAGAGCAAAAACCAACGGUUCUUAAUAACUGCAUUACUCCAUGUAUCAAAGUAGGUAUUGACGGCAAAAUUAUCAUUGAUCAAGAAACAUUAACUUUAAAUGAGACUGGUCUUGAAGAAAAACGAGAAGAAUUGGCUAAAUCUAAAGUUAUUGAAGAAUCUGCAUACCAUUCAAGAAGUUAUUCUUAUAAACGUAAAAAAGAAGCUUCUAAACAAUGGUCUAAAGAUGAAACACUUAAGUUUUACAAAUGUUUGAUGAAUUUUGGUACUGACUUUUCUAUGAUUCAGCAAUAUUACCCUAAUCGAACUCGAGCUCAAAUCAAACGAAAAUAUAAAACAGAAGAGAAAAAAAAUCUUCAACUUGUAAAUGGUGCCCUAACUAAUACAACACAUUUUGAUAGUGCUAGCAUUGAAGACAUGCUUGAAAAUGAUAAGGUCGAAGUAGAAGUAAAAAAACUUGAUACAAAUGCCGAUUCAGAAGCUUGUACAAAAAACACUGAUCGUAGACGUCAUAAAGAAGUAAUACGCUCAGAUUGUAGUAGAUUAAGCGUAUGUGCAUACAUGUUGGAAGAAGAAAUUGUAUUGAAGAAUAAAAGAAAACGUCCAACUGAAAUAGUUACAGCAAAGAAAUUGAAAAAAGAACUAGCCAAUAUGCCAAGUAUAAAGAACAAGAAAAAAAAUCAUACACUAUCAAGUACUCAAAUUGAUACAAGUAAAGAUAGGGGAAAACACAAUAUUGAUGAAAAUAAAGAUGAAAUACCUAAAGUUCGAACAUUACAAGACUUUCAUGAAGAAUAUCAGGAAAGUAUCACUAAAUACGAAGAUUCAAAUAGUGAAUGAAAACAAAAGCAUUAUUGAUUUAUAAAUAUUAUGUAAACUAAGUUGUUCACUAAAACAUAUUGUUACAGGGCUUAUUAUAAUAUUAUUUUUAAUAUAAUAAAAGUUUUUAUUUUAGAUUCUUA